AACAGUGCGCAGCUACACUGUAACAUUCUGUCGCCACAUUGUGAUCAGGGUAGAAGCUGUGGAAGCAACACCGAGAGACUAACAAUGAGUAAGCAUGUGUGUGGAGGCACUAGCUCUGAGAAAACUGCUACUCCAGAGGUGCAGCAGAUCGCUUGUUCGAUGAAAUCUGAGAUCGAAGAAAAGGCAAACAGAACAUAUGAUGUGUUUGUUGUAAAAUCUUAUAAGACUCAAAUUGUAUCUGGGAUCAAUUAUUUCAUGAAAAUCCAUGUUGGUGGUGAUGACUACAUACAUGUAAAAAUAUACGAGGAUCUUCCUUGCAGGAGUAGCAAAAAGGAAGUAUCUGAUAUCAAGACCAACAAAUUACACACUGAUGAUUUAGUGUACUUUUAAAACAAAUCUUUAUUUUAAGUUGCUAGACUGGAGCAAAAGCAGUUUCUCAGCUUGUAUAAUCGCUAGCACUUUGUCAGUGCCAUUAUAUCUUGUUAUGGGGAAGUGAUGGAGACAAUUUAUGGAUGCUCUAAGUGUUUUUCUCCCCACCCUAAUUCUAGUGCCAAUUUAGAUGUUUAAUAAGUAAACUGAUUUCCUUCUAUUCCAUUUCAUAAUUUUUAACGAAUGGAAAAUUAGUUACAAUGGAAAUUACUUUACCUUCAAAGGUUACGGGUGUGUUUGGAAAAUCAAAUUAUUUAAUCCAGAAAAAUACAAAUCAAGUAGCCAGAAAUGUUGAUUGGUUAGCUGGUUUUGCUCCAGCCUAGGUUUAACUAUGGAGAUCCUACACUUUAGAAAAGAAAAUGCCUUUUUUUAAACCAUUUUAAUCCUGAUGGAAAAUGUUUGAGUAAUCUAAAUACAAUGAAAACACAGGCAGGCCUUUUUGUUGUAAAUCUUCAUUUACUGUAGAUUGAAAUAAGAAACACAUUCAAAUAUGCUUGUAUAAGAAUUUUGCAUUGUAAUAGUAAAUAAAUAUUUCUAAACAUUA